UGAAAAACUAGAAGAUAACAUGGCCGAUGGGGAGUAUUUAAGGAGAAGGGCACCAUCGCUUGCUGUACAGAGGCAAACAUGGCCAAGCUACUGGGAUUCGCCGCACUAGCUCUCCUGCUGCAGGUGCAGCUGGGAUCCUCCUACAUCCUGUCCUGUUACUUCACCAACUGGGCACAGUACAGACCGGGAGCUGGCAAGGUCUUCCCCAACCAAGUGGACCCAUGUCUCUGUGACCACCUGAUCUACGCCUUCGCCAACAUGAACGACAACGAGAUCGCCCCUUACGAGUGGGAUGACGUGAAGCUCUACAAUGAGUUUGCGGCCCUGAAGAACAAGAACAGCCAGCUGAAGAACCUCUUGGCUAUUGGUGGCUGGAACUUUGGAACGGCAAAGUUCCAUGCCAUGGUGGCCAGUGCUGCUAACCGCCAGACCUUCAUCAACUCUGUGAUUGUAUUCCUGAGGCAGUACGAAUUUGAUGGCAUUGACAUUGACUGGGAGUACCCCGGAUCUAGAGGAAGCCCUCCUGAGGACAAGGGGCUCUUCACCACUCUGGUCCAGGAAAUGUUGGCUGCCUUUGAGGCUGAAGGUCAGAAGACCAACCAACCCCGUCUCAUGUUGACUGCUGCUGUGUCUGCUGGCAAGAGCACCAUCGACAGUGGAUACGAGAUCGCCGAGAUUGGAAAGGUUCUGGAUUACUUCCAUGUGAUGACCUAUGACUUCCAUGGAUCAUGGGAGCAACAAACUGGUGAGAACAGCCCCCUCUACAAGGGACCUGCUGACCAAGGUUCUUACAUCUACUUCAAUAUGGACUAUGCCAUGAACUACUGGAAGAGCCAGGGUGCCCCUGCUUCCAAGCUUCUGGUUGGCUUCGCCACCUAUGGCCACACCUUCAGGCUGACAAGCUCUCAAACUGGAGUUGGUGCCCCUGCGAGCGGCCCUGGACCUGCUGGACCCUACAGCAGACAGAGUGGUUUCCUGGCCUAUUAUGAGAUCUGCACCUUCCUGAAGCAGGGAGCCACUGAGGCCUGGGAUGCACCCCAGGAGGUCCCAUACGCCUACAACACCCAGAACAUCUGGGUUGGCUACGACAAUGUGAAGAGCUUCAACAUCAAGAUUGACUGGCUGAAGCAGAACCAGUUUGCAGGUGCCAUGGUGUGGACUGUUGAUCUGGAUGACUUCAGUGGCACUUUCUGCGGCCAGGGCAAAUACCCCCUGAUCACCUCCCUGAGGACUGGCCUUGGCACCGCCCAGAGCUGCACACCCCGUAAGGUCCCCCUGCCCCCUGUUUCCAAGGCUCCCCCUACAGUCCCCCAGGUCCCAGGAGGCGGCGGCAGCAGCAGCGGUGGAAGCAGCAGUGGAGGAAGUAGCAGUGGAGGAAGUAGCAGUGGCGGAAGUAGCAGUGGAGGAAGCGGCUUCUGUGCUGGAAAGAGCAACGGAUUCUUCCCUGAUCCCACCAACAAGAAUGCGUUCUAUGAAUGCAGCCAGGGCCAGACUUACCUAAUGCACUGCGCUUCUGGUCUGGUGUUUGACACCAGCUGCUCCUGCUGCAACUGGUCCUAAGUCUAUACACUUGCUUUCUGUGACCUUUAGGUCUUACUCAAC